CAGUCCAAAGGCACGAUUGAUGCUAGCCUUCUUCCAAACCCUCUCGGCCCUCUGGGCCCGAACCCCUGCACUACACCGCGUCGCCAUGCAGAGGGUCUCGCAGCUCGCGCUCCGCCGCCUCCUGUCGCCGCCGUCCGCCGCGGCGGCCGCUCGUCGGGCUGCGCCGGUUGCCGCGGAGGCUGUUUCCGGCGGGGGCGUCCCUCUCCUACCCCGCGGCGGUGGCGCCGGGGUCGCUGCGAGCGGCUGGAGUGGGGGCGGCUCGGGGCUCCGGCUGGCUCGGAGGUUGUGCACCUACGAUGAGAGAGAUGACAGGGCACUUGAGGAAGAAGCUGAGAAGAAAUUUGGAUGGAUAUUGAAGAUAUUCUUCCUAGGAACUGCUGGCCUAGUUGGCUACCAAUUCUUUCCAUACAUGGGGGAUAACCUACUUCAGCAAUCUAUCUCACUUUUGCAUGUCAAGGAUCCCUUGUUCAAGCGGAUGGGAGCUUCCCGGUUAGCUCGUUUUGCAGUGGAUGAUCAAAGGAGAAUGAAGGUGGUAGAGAUGGGGGGAGCUCAAGAACUUCUAAAUGUAUUGGAAGGUGCUAAAGAUGAUAAAACACGUAAAGAAGCUCUAAAAGCUCUUGUUGCACUUUCAAAGUCUGAAGAAGCUGCGGGAUUUCUGGACAAGGCAGGUGCCUAUGCGAUAGUCAGCUCCACUUCGAGCUCCCCUGAAUAUGCUGAGAUCGAGACCUACAAGACUAGUAUUCUGAAGGCAUUUGAUGAACUGAAGUCGUGACGGACGUGGUAAUGAAAGUUGAAUUUAGCAAUAUGUUUAUUAUACGUUGGACUUGACGGAUUAAAUUUCUGAUUGAAUUGGUAUAAUCUAUCGCGGGUACAUCUUGCCGUGGUCCUUGUUGACCAGGCAUCGGUUUUGUAGCUGGAAACGCUUGCCCGAUAUUGUUUGAGACAGGAAGCAUUUAGAGAGUUGGUGUAAGUUCGUUGUAUGCUUCGCACUAAAUUAGUGUUUUAUUCGAGGAGUACGGCGGUUCAAUUUCACAAUGCUAAUAAUGUCUGGAAUACUUUUGAGUUAUGUGCCAACAUCUGAUUUGAUUC